UCUAUCGAUAAGUCGACACAAUAUCAACAAUUGGUGUUCAUUGGAAGCACAUUUAACAAAAUGUUGAGUUUUUUAAAUAAAACACGACAAUUUCUACUUCCAAUUGCUCGCAAUAUAUCGAAUACACACGCAGCCUGCCAGAGCGAUGCAAGCGUCAAGGCGACAAGCAGUGAAGCCGGCGUAACAAAGCCGGAUUUGAUAUUGCCACAGAACUAUGCACAAUUUUCGCCCGUAAACCGUAACAGUGCCAGGCAGGUGUGGAUUGAGAAUGUUGAUGCAGUGAAGGAGCGUAAAGUGGGCAUGAUGGAACUGCAUCCGGAUGUGUUCGCCGCACAGCCGCGGGUCGACAUCAUACAAGAGAACAUCGAAUGGCAGCGCAAGUAUCGUUAUGUAAGCAUGGCGCAUACCAAAACACGCGCCGAGGUCCGCGGCGGCGGACGCAAGCCCUGGCCACAAAAGGGAAUGGGACGUGCUCGUCAUGGCUCAAUACGAUCACCGUUGUUCAAGGGCGGCGGCAUCGUACACGGUCCCCGUUCCCCCACAUCCCAUUUCUAUAUGCUGCCCUUUUACACACGCGUCUUGGGCCUGACAUCGACGCUUAGCGUUAAGCUCGCCCAGGAUGAUCUGCACAUUAUUGAGAACGUGGAGUUACCCACACGGGAUGCACAAUUCAUCAGGGAUCUGAUAGCGGAACGCAACUGGGGACCAUCUGUGCUGAUUAUUGACAAGCAAGAGAUGUUUCCGGAGAACAUUUGCUAUGCCACCGACUCCAUUGGGUAUGUGAAUCUGAUGCCCUCAUUUGGACUAAAUGUCUACUCGAUGCUGAAGCACGACACCUUGGUCCUCACUGUGGAGGCCGUAAAGCAUUUGGAACAGCGUUUACUGUAUCAGCUGCAUCGCAACGAUGCAGCUAGCAAGAGCCUUAAAUUCAAGCUGGAUCAAGUUUAGAUAUAAGUUUUCAAUUAAUUGUAUUUCCUUGUAUACAAAUGCAAAUGUUAACCACUUCGAUUGUGGUGAGUUGUUUCGAUUCUUAA